AUUCUUAUUGAAGAAGUCUAGGUCGGUUGGUAACUUGGUAUGUACCACGCACACGUGUUUCACUGAUAUAAUUCGACGUUUAUGUUUUAGCGUAAAGGCCUCAACGUUAGCGGUAUCUGUUUCAUCUGCGUGAAGACAGGAAAUUUUGCAUGACAAGACUGUCCAAGUAAGAAGAGAUCAUGUCUGGUGUACGGAAAUUGAAGCCCCUGUUUGAUCGCAUCUUGGUAGAGAAAUUUGCCCCAGAAGUUAGGACUAAAGGAGGCAUUAUGAUACCUGAGAAGUCCCAGGCCAAAGUGCUAGAUGCUACAGUAUGUGCAGUAGGACCUGGGUCCAGGAACCAGCAAGGAGAAACUAUGGCAUUGAGCGUGAAGGUAGGAGACAGAGUGUUGCUUCCUGAAUAUGGAGGGACAAAAGUUUCUCUUGAUGAAAAAGAGUACUAUUUAUUCAGGGAAGGAGACAUUCUAGCAAAGUGGGAGAAUUCUGCCUGACGUUGAUGAUUGGCUCUCAAGACUAAACACAUUAAGAUGAUACAACCAAUAAAACAAGACCAGAAAUGGACAUCAUAGUAACAGCACAUUUCUGUCAGAUAAUGACACCCACACCUACAGUUGUAUAGAUCAUAGUUACUAUAAAUACAUGUACAUCAAAUUAUUACGGCACGAAGAUCAAAGAUGUCAAUACUUGGGACUUCUGAUGAGGCUAUCUUCACAUAAUUCUGCAAGAGGUGGUGAAUACAGAAGAAAUACCUGUAUACCUUGUAAUUAUUACUUCUUGAAAUUCUGUCUCAGUAUGAUGAGGGUUCACUAUCGUAGUGCCAUGAUGCUUCAUUCAGAGGUCUGUAAUUUCCCUAGUAGUGGUUCAUGCUAGUGCUAAGCAACUCACUAGCUGCUGAAUGUAACACAUAGUAUGAAAUGGUGAAUCGUUGAAGAUGAAAUUCAUUGUUUCAUCUCAAACAGUAAGGGCUGAAUGUGGUAUUUUGUUUGGUAGUGGGUUACAAAGACAAUACGGGCAAUUCAGAAUAGUGCGCCUCCAAGAGUGUGCAACGUGUUGAUCAAUCACAGUGUGCGAAAUCUGUCAACCCAAUGCACGUCUGGAAAGGAUAGGCAAGUUUCGCGCAUUGUGAUUGGCCACUGCGUAGCAAACUCUUGGAGGCGCACUAUUGUGAAUCGCCUGUAUUGAAUAAGGAAGAAUAUCAGCACUCUGUCAACCUGUUCCUAUUCAGAUGUACCAAUGACCUCAAAGGUGCCAUCACUAAGACAUUGUAUACCUGAAACAUCACAGCUCACUAACCCACCUGUGAUAUACCCACCAGUGAUACACCAUGGCUGUGUAUUUGUUUCAGAUAAAGACAAAACUUAUUCCAGUAUUGAAUUUAUAUGGCUGCAAUUUGGCAUAAUCUUGCAAGCGUUGGAGAUUUUCCCCUUUUUCUCAACAAUACUCCAUAACCUGCAACAAGCCUGCUGAAGACACCAUUCAGCAGCACACACUACUCAUUUUUUCUAUUCUAAAAGGUGUAGUUUUUCAGUUUUAUUAUGUGAAAGUACAUCAUACAUGUAUAUGGUUACAAGAGUUAAUAUCACAGGUAUGAUACUGAUUAGACAGUUAUUACAUGCAGUUCUUGUGAUUAAGGUUACCAUGGUUACUAUCUUGUAAUUUCUGGAAAUCACCUGAACCUAUGAUGUGGGUAUUUUACAACUGUAAGGAAUAUCAAACACAUAAAUCCAAACACUGUAUGUAUUCUGUUGAUGCUUGUGCAUGUAUUUUUGUUUCUGAGGUUAUUUUUUUGUAAUAGAAGUCCGCACAAUAUCUAUGUGAAUUGCUGUAUCUGUUUGACCCAUUUGGUGUAAGUUGACAGAUUGCAUUCAGUUAAGCCUCACAAAGUGCACCAACUUUUUGUGUGCAUUUGUAGAAAUGCAGCCUGAUGUUAGAAUUCCUUGUGGUGGCUACAUGUACCUACAUAAACUGUUUGCACCUGAAGUCUUGGGUUUGAAUUCUUGCUUCACCUCGUUGAUGAUUUUGCAGUGACUGCGGUGUGAUUCCUUCAACAGUUGUAAUUGUGUUCAGUGAGCUUGUUGAGAUUAUCGCCCUCUGUGACAACAAAACUGAGGAUCUAAACAUACUUGUUUUUAACUUCUGUGUACACAUAAGAGCCAGUCAUGAUUUACAAUAAACUGUUUUCAUUGUAUUCACAGAAUGAGUUUGA